AAAAGUUCUAUACCCAGCCAAUUUAAUGCGACAAAAUUAGUUAAUUUAUCAAUAAUUAAAGCUGCUACAAUUAUAUAUCACAAUAAUAAAAAAUUUCGUUUGUUGAGAACAAAAUAUAUGUAUGUACAUUUCAUUUGUCAAUUUAUAUUUGGAACUCAAUUCAUGUUGUCAAAUACAACGUCAUGUCACAUGAAUUAUAUUCCAUUUGAUUCGUAAUAAUAUAUAAUGUUAUGACAAAAAGAAAUAACUGAACCAAUUGCGGGUCGUUACGUGGCGUGGAGUCGACGAAAUAGUGAUGAAACAGGUUCACAAUAAGAUACUUCUGCGAGACAGGUUCAUAGUUCAUAAAUAUUAUACUCCCUCUGUUUUCAAAUGUAGGUAGUUUUAUCAAAAAGAGUUUGUUUCACAAUAUAAGUAGUUUAUAUAUUUCAAUGCUAUUUUUUCAUUUAUUGGAUAUUGUGUGACCAAUAAAAUAAUGUUAAACUUUUUAUAAUUGGUUGAAUUAAUUGAUUAAAUGAUAUAUCUUUUUAGAUAACAACUUUCUAAAUAUUUGUGCUUUUAAGUAAAACUACUUAUAAUUAAAAACAGAGGAAGUAAUUUUCUUUUUUUGGAAAAUGUGAGAUUUUUUUUUUUGAAAAAUGUGAGAGAUUUGGGAGUGAACUCCUAAUGGAGAUGCUCUGAAAGCACAAAGAUUAAAAACUUACUUUAAAAAAAUAUUAUCAAUCAUAAAAACUAUAAAACUUAAAUAAUUGACUAACUGAAUAGUUUCCGAUGAAGUUAAAAUUAACAUUAAAAUCUUAAAACAUCUUAAUUUAAAAUAUCAAAAACCUUAUAAAACGUUAUAUAAUAUGAAAUGGAGGGAAUAAGUGUUUAUCUCAUUUACUCUCACAUGCAUGGAAACUUCCCAGCCAGCAUAAGGUAAAGUCGUAAAACGAAUUCUAUUUACAAUAGUCUGUAGUCUAUCAAAGUUAACAAUGUCAAUCAAGAUCUUGACUUUAGUUGAUGUGUAAUGUGCUGUUUUACCAACAUGUUAUAUAUAUAGUCGAAUUUUUUCUUGAAAUGCCUAACGUUGGUUGACAAUUAUAAAUUGCGAAAACAAAAGUUGGUCAAAAUUUUAUUAUACAAGUAAAGUCAUUAAAGAUCAAUUAAUCUUCAACUUGGACACCAAUUUAUGAUUGUCGAGGAUGUAGUUUAAUUACGCUUUAGUUACGGUAACUAUUUGUCUAAUCGUUUUAGUGAGAAACAGAUCUAUAUAUAUACGUGUGGAUAUUAUUAUAACAGUAAUAUGAUAUAUAUGUUUGAACUUUGUGACACCGUCAAACUAUAGAUGUACACACACAAUUAUUGACUUGAACUUGUAUGUAUUCAGAAAUCAACGUUCUUAAAAUCCCUAUAAAUAAUCCAACACACUUGACACAAUUCCUCAAACCGAACACACAAUAAAGCUCUAAACAAAAAUCAAAAGAUGUCUCAAAUUUUCAUGUUCUUGAUCACCCUUAGCUUCUUCUCCAUAUUGUCAUCUCCUUCUCUCGCCGCAAGACUUCAGGCCACCGGAAACACCACGUCCCCAUCAGAUGUAUGUCGCUACGCACCGGAUCCAUCUUACUGUAGAUCGGUUCUCCCAAACCAGCCCGGAGAUGUUUACUCCUACGGUCGUUUCUCUCUCAGACGGUCCAUCUCACGUGCCAGGCGGUUCAUCUCAAUGAUCGACUAUCAACUAAACCGGAAAGGCAAAGUGGCUGUUAAAUCCACCGUGCGGGCACUCGAAGACUGCAAAUUCCUAGCCAGCCUGACUAUAGACUUCCUCCUUAGUAGCUCACAGACCGUAGAUGCAACCAAAACGCUGUCGGUUUCGAGGGCUGACGAUGUUCAUACUUUCCUAAGUGCUGCGAUCACCAACGAACAGACUUGCCUUGAAGGACUUAAAUCCACGGCAUCUGAAAAUGGUCUCUCUGGUGAUCUUUACAACGAUACAAAACUCUAUGGGGUCUCUCUUGCCCUCUUUUCCAAAGGUUGGGUGCCAAAAAGGAAAAGAUCGAGCCCGGUUUGGAAACCAGAAGCCAGCUUCAAAAAGUUUUCCGGCUUCCGUAACGGUAGAUUACCGUUAAAGAUGACGGAAAGGACGCGUGCCGUUUACAACACCGUGACUAGGUCUGGGAGAAAGCUUCUCCAAACUGGAGUAGACGCUGUUCAGGUCAGCGAUAUCGUGACGGUGAAUCAGAAUGGGACGGGAAACUUCACGACUAUAAACGAAGCUGUAGCUGCCGCGCCUAAUAAAACUGACGGUAGUAACGGUUAUUUCUUGAUAUACGUAACGGCGGGACUGUACGAGGAAUACGUGGAGAUUCCGAAGUACAAGAGGUAUGUGAUGAUGAUCGGUGACGGCAUUAACCAAACUGUUAUCACCGGAAACCGGAGCGUCGUUGAUGGAUGGACCACUUUCAAGUCCGCCACAUUUAUUCUAACAGGUCCUAACUUUAUUGGCGUGAACAUAACAAUCCGCAACACGGCAGGACCAACCAAGGGUCAAGCCGUCGCAUUAAGGAGCGGUGGAGACUUCUCUGUAUUCUAUAGUUGUAGUUUUGAAGCCUAUCAAGAUACCUUAUAUACGCAUUCUCUCAGACAGUUCUAUCGUGAAUGUGAUGUUUAUGGCACGGUUGAUUUUAUAUUCGGCAAUGCUGCAGUGGUGUUACAAAAGUGUAAUUUGUAUCCACGUCAGCCUCGUCAAGGUCAGGCGAACGAGGUUACAGCUCAAGGUCGUACCGACCCGAACCAGAACACUGGAACUGUGUUACAUGGGUGUACGAUAAGACCCGCGGAUGAUUUGGCUUCGAGCAGCUAUAGAGUAAAAACUUAUCUUGGUCGGCCGUGGAAGGAAUAUUCGAGAAGCGUUGUUAUGCAGACUUACAUAGACGGGUUUCUUGACCCGACUGGCUGGAACGCAUGGUCUGGAAAUUUCGCAUUGAGCACACUUUACUAUGCGGAAUACAAUAACACAGGACCUGGUUCUAGCACGACAAACAGAGUCACUUGGCCAGGUUAUCAUGUCAUUAACGCUACUGAUGCUUCAAAUUUCACCGUCACCAAUUUUCUUGUUGGCGAAGGUUGGAUCGGACAAACCGGGGUGCCUUUCGUGGGUGGAAUGAUUGCAUAAUUAACUUUAUACUAUAACAUUAUAUAUACUAUGUUUCUUUAUAUCAUUUAGUUAUCAUUCAUAUGUUCUUUUUUUUUCUUUAAAUAAUUGUGAAUUCGGGUCAAUAUAACUUAGUGGUGUCUGAUUCCCACUCCAACAA